AUGCUAGGGAAUACGUAUCUCUUUCUUGGACAUUACAUAAUAUUAUGCGUCCAAUGCGUACUCGCAAAUGGAAAUCCCAUGAUUGGGCAAAACGUUGAGAAAGUAAAGACAAAUGAAUUUCCUUUUGUUGUAUCAUUAAUGCGCAAUAGCACUGCCGAUAUUACUGCUGAAAGAAAUCAUAUCUGCACUGGAGCUCUUAUCUCACCACGAGAUGUUUUGACUGCCGAACACUGCUUGAAAGGGGAAAAAAGAACUGACAUUCUUGUCCUCGUGGAUUCCAUUGACUUAAGGAGUGGCAGGAAGCACCAAAUUAAUUGGUGGAUAACGUAUAAGACUUGGGCAAAGCAAAGACAUAUGUCUUUGGAAUAUAGCGAGAACGAUAUCGCCAUUAUAAGGUUGAAUGAAGCGGUUACUCACAGAAUCACUCCAGCCACAGUUUCAACCUUAUCGAAUUCCGAUUUUGUUGGAUAUGAUGUCGUAGUAACUGGAUGGGGUCAAUCAAACGAUGGAUUUAAUCCAAGAUAUAUGGAAAAAAUUGAUGUUAAAGUGUUAUCGAAAACAAAUUGUGAAAAUAAAAUUCAGAUGGCAAGUGGAAAAUUGGUUCCAUUAGAUUCGAGAUUCAUAUGCACCAGUGUGACCCCAUUUGGAUUGUUGCAGCCCGUAAGAACUUAA